UAGCAGCUUAGCUCAAGACCAUUGAAUGUCCAUCUAAUUAAUUAAUUCUUGGGACAUUCUUCCCAACUUCAACCUCAAUUGACCCUCUCAACUCUAAAUUUCACACUUCACAAUGGCAUCUAUCCUUCCUCGUGCCGGCUUCCGAGCAUUCACUGCCCUUCCCCGGGCUGCUGCCCUCCCCAGGGUCUCCUUCGCCUCCAAGCUUCCCCGCGCUCAGCCUCUGGCGCAGCCCAUCGCUCGCCGUUUCGUCUCCAACAUUCCCCAAGAGCAGCCCCGACUGCGUCUCGGAUCCACUGCUCCGAACUUCAAGGCCCAGACCACCCAUGGCGAGAUCGAUUUCCACGAGUUCAUCGGCGACAGCUGGGCUAUCCUCUUCUCUCACCCCGCCGACUUCACCCCUGUCUGCACAACUGAGCUUGGCGCCUUUGCUAGAUUGAAGGGUGAAUUUGACCAGCGCGGUGUCAAGAUGAUCGGACUGAGUGCCGACAAACUUGACUCCCACGGCGAAUGGGUGAAAGACAUCAACGAGAUCGGCAACACCAACGUCCAAUUCCCCAUCAUCGCCGAUCCCGACCGUAAAGUCGCUUUCCUCUAUGACAUGAUCGACCAGCGGGACCUUGACAAUAUUGCCGAGAAGGGCAUUCCCUUCACCAUCCGUGCCGUUUUCAUCAUCGACCCCGCCAAGAAGAUCCGUCUGACCAUGCUCUACCCGGCCUCGACUGGCAGAAACUCCGCCGAGGUGCUGCGUGUCAUUGACGCUCUGCAGACCGCGGAUAAGAAGGGCAUUGCGACUCCCAUCGAUUGGACGGUUGGAGAGGACGUGAUUGUGCCCCCUUCCGUGUCGACUGAGGAUGCGAAGAAGAAGUUCGGCGAGGUCCGGGAGCUGAAGCCCUACCUGCGCUACACCAAGGCCUAAAUGGAUGGUCCUUGUAUAAAAAGCUGUACGAUUAAACAACAUAUAAUAGAAUGGAAUCACUCGGCAUCAUGAUUUGGUGUUACUCUCGUCGCGUCUUCAAAAAUAUACGCGAGAUUGAAUGAAUCUGGCGAGUACGAUGGCUCCUUUCUGUGCGCAGUGAGAGACAAGUAGGCAUACAUACGCCAACUAAGUACGAAGUAAAGGAUCCGCGGUAGGAACCGAAGCCCAGAAAGAAAAGCUCAUACUAGGUUCCCCAUUUCCCCCACAACCCCGCAGGUACCAAGCUAU